AUGUUAUUCGAGUUAGAGAUUUCGGGAACGAAAUUAAGACAAUUUGAAAAUAUUCCAGAAAACGUUAGAAAAAAUCGUUAUCGUAAUACGCAAUGUAAAACGACAGCGACGGAUAAUACCGGAAAUCGAUAUACGAAAAGAAACGGAAGAUGUGAGUUGGUUUUAUUUCAAAAUCAAAAUGGCUGCCUUCUUCUUUCACUUUUUACCGUCGUAGAAUUUCAAAAUCAAGGUUGUGGAGCAUCUUCCGGUGAUAAUGGUACCUGUUUAACAUCGGCUGAAUGCGAAGAACGUGGUGGAGUAUCGAGUGGACCCUGCGCAAGAGGUUUCGGAAUUUGUUGCGUUUUUUUGGCAACUUGCGGACAAGACACGAAAGAAAAUUGUUCUUAUUUUGUAAGUCCGAAUUUUCCACAAUCUUACGACGGUACAGGUUCUUGUCAGUUGACCGUUCAUAAAUCUCAUCCGAACAUUUGUCAAUUUCGUCUCGAUUUCGAUCAGUUUAACAUAGCUGGACCGGAACCUAUAAAUAACAUUUGUAAUAAUGAUCAGUUUAUCGUUUCCGGUGGUAACACGGUACCGGGGAUUUGCGGAAUGAAUAACGGAAAUCACAUGUAUAUCGAUGCCGGAAGUGGUAUAACAAAUCCUGUCACAUUAACGUUUGUCACGAGUGGGCCAUCUUUUGACAGAACUUGGAAAGUAAAAAUAUGUCAAAUCCCUUGCGAUUCCGUCAUUAAGGCCGAAGAUGGUUGUUUGCAAUAUUUCACUGGAGUUUCUGGACAAAUCAAAUCGUACAAUUACGAUCCGGGAGCGGGUUUACAAUUGUCAAAUCAGGAUUACAGCAUAUGCAUAAGAUCGGAGAGAAAUUUUUGCGGGAUACAUUAUUCGCCAUGCGUCGAUCCGGUGAAUAAUUUUAGCAGCGCGUUCACUUUGAGCGGUAACACGUUGAGUCAAAAUCAAGUUGCUGCCAUCAUAGGUAGCGAUGGUCCUCAACCUUGCGAUUCGGAUUGGCUCAUCAUACCCUGUGCAUCGAAUGUGGGUACUAUAAGAGAUGGUCCGUAUCCAUGCGUGGAUAGAAUUUGCGGUGGAACAUUCAACAGCGAAGUUUCUCUCACUCCAGCAACUUUACUAAGCACAGUUAAGCCUUUCAGAUUAAUAUAUCACACAGAUGGUGCAGAAUAUCCGGAUGACGCAUCAAAUCAUGGAUUUUGUUUAAAUUACAUUCAACAACCCUGUACGAAUUUAUUAAACAGAGCAUGA